AUGGCGACUUCCGAAGGUCUAUUACAAUUUCCCUUCUCGACUUCAGUGUUUACGGCUAUGAUGAAUGAGCUCUAUGUUGCUGGCCACUCAUCAAUGCAAAUCAUCUUUCGGCCUAAUUUACAAUUUAUCUUUGGUGAUUUUGCUGAGACGAGCAUACAAUUACAACCGGAUGGCAUAAAAGAAGAAAUCUACGAAAGUAUGAAGGAAUUGAAACAAUUGUUGGAUAAAUUUCAAGGACACAAUUUGGAUAUUUACGAUGAAAGCAAACUUAUUUCUGAACAGACCACCUGGACAGCUUCUCAUCAACAUGCUAGUGAGACUUCAUCUGUAAGACAUCAACCUUCCCCUCAAUGCACUGUUUUUCUGCAGAAGGAAUAUAAACCAUCAAAAACUUCAUUACUCCGUUCUCAACAUUUAGGCCAACGUGAUGAUUCUUUUGGUUUAUAUUCACCCUAUAACGAUAGGCCACUGUCAUUGUCACUUGAGGAACCCGUAAAAUAUCAAUUUGACAUGAAUAGCAAGGAUUCACAAGAAAUGAUUUAUGAACAAGUACAGCAACCAGAAUUUAUUCCAGGAAGACUGUUUGGAUCAGAAAUUGUCUACAAGCAGUCACCGGAAAUUAGUUCCCAUCCACGAGACAUGUUUGAUGAGCCACAAGAUAUGAUUGACGAGCCACAAGAAACUAUUUACGAGCAACUGCAGCAACCAUAUUCAAAAUACAAUUCCAGUGUGGCGGAAAGAGGAUGGCAAAAAGAUGAAACACCGAGAGAUAAUUGGUUCCCCCAAGAUCAAUCUCGUCCCCCGCCUCCUCGUUACACGGAGGACAUACCCGGACUCUGUCGUAGAGCAUUAUCCAAAGAUCAAUAUCGCGAACUCUGUACAUAUCUCCGGGCAGUUUUAAAAGAGCCCAACAAUUCCCGACCUAAAACGCCGGAAGUUGUCUCGCAAGAUCAGUUUGUUAUAAAUUUUGUCGAUGAAUACCAAAAAUACAACGACUUUAAUACAUCACGGUGUAAAAAACUUCGUACGCUUCAUCGACUUGGUGGGUAUAUUCACGCGUUUCGAAGGAUCGAUGAUCACAUUCCAGUUCAGGAAUUAUCAAAGGUGUUGGGUGAUAGUGAGGUUGCCAUUAAAGAUACCAUCAAACGUGCUUCGUGGAUGUUUGAGCUAUUUAGGAGGUUAGGGAAGCUCGCACUGACUAAUAUCAAAAAGAAUAGUUUAAAGUUCAUUGACAGGAAGCGUACGAAGCAGUCAGAAUUUGAGGCAGUUCUCACAUACGUCGAUGGUGUUCUUGACAAUGUUUACGCAUUACCAAACAAUCAAACGAAAAACCAGAGAUAA